AUGAAACCGGCUGGUGAUCGCAGAAGAUUGAACAGGCUACUAGGGUAUGCAGCCAUUGCCCUAAUCACAAUCUAUGUACUUUACAAGGGAGCUCAGCGCAACGGUAACGGGUUUUACGGUAGUAGUGCUGCAACACGUCAAGUGGAAAAAGAUGGUAACAUUUAUAGAGAGUUAGUUUCGAGUAAUAAUGGUGCUUUGGAUCGUUCAGGUUUGGAAAAGGCGACUUUUGUUACGUUGGUGAGAAAUAGCGAUCUUUACGGCUUGAUACCAUCCAUUAAAAGCGUGGAAGAUAGGUUUAACCAUAAAUAUGGGUACGAUUGGGUUUUCCUUAACGAUGAACCAUUCACAGAGGAAUUCAUCAACGUGACGAGUGCAUUGGUUACCGGGGAAACGAAAUAUGGUUUCAUCGAAAAAAAGGAUUGGGAUUUCCCACCAUGGAUUGAUCAAAACAGGGCUGCUGGAACUCGUGACCGAAUGGGCAAGGAGGGAAUCAUCUACGGUAACAGUAUUUCUUAUCGAUUCAUGUGCAGAUACGAAUCAGGACUAUUCUACAGACAUCCAAUAUUUAAUGAUUACGAAUGGUAUUGGAGAGUGGAGCCUGAUGUCAAAUUACACUGUGAUGUUAACUAUGACGUUUUCAAAUUCAUGAGAGAAAACAAUAAGAAGUAUGGGUUUACCAUCUCUAUCAAAGAAUACUCUGCAACUAUUGAAACACUUUGGGAUGCUACUUUGAGUUUUCUAGAAAAACAUCCAGAACAUGUUAACAAGAAUUGUAUGCUGGACUUUAUCAGUGAUGAUGGCGGCAGCUCGUACAAUUUAUGCCAUUUUUGGUCAAAUUUCGAGAUUGCAUCUCUUGACCUAUGGAGAAGCGAUGCCUACAGAGAUUAUUUUGAUUUCCUAGAUCAAUGGGGUGGUUUCUUCUACGAACGUUGGGGUGAUGCUCCAGUCCAUUCCAUUGCAGCUUCUUUAUUUUUGGACAGAGAUGAAAUUCAUCAUUUUGGUGACUUUGGUUAUUUCCACGUCCCAUUCCAUCAGUGCCCAGUUGACGAUGAAACUAGAUUAUCGUUAAAGUGUGAUUGUAAUCCAAAUGAAGAUUUCACUUGGCAUUCUUACUCUUGUACAACCAAGUACUACACGGUAAACCAAUUACGCAAACCAAGCAAUUGGCUUGAUCAUGCCACAUCAUAA